AUGAUCAAUGAACUCAACAGAAAAAUUGGGAAUGAAUCCAGGCUCGACAUAGGGGGAACCCUGACUCCCUUCAGCCACUCCCUGGAAUCUAUUCCCAGGCAAAAGGGAAUGAAACACUACAACUUUGAGUUCUUCAAUGGACUAGGCGAUCCGGAGGAACACCUGCACUACUUUGAACAGAUAGCCCAGAUCUACUACUACAAUGACCUGACUAAGUGCCGCUUCUUCGCAUCCACUUUCAAGGGGGGAGCCCAGAGAUGGUUCAACCGGAUUCCCUCCCGGAGCAUCGGGUCCUGGAAAGAUUUCAGAGAAGCCUUCCUCAGAAGGUUCCGAGCAAAUAAGACACAUGAACUUCAUAUGUGUCACCUGGAAACGGUUCGUCAGUACGACAAUGAGGCACUUUCAGACUACAUGAAACGUUUCCAGGAAGCAAUCAACAAAAUUUCUAACCUAGACGAGCGUGAAGCUCUGAGCAUCUUCCGAAGGAAUCUGGACCCGGAACAAAAUGAGAGAUAUGUCGUCGAGCUGAUCAACAAAGAACCCCAGAGCCUAGCUGCUGCCUAUGCCAUGGUGGCCAAAUUCAUUAAGGAGACCGACGUACUCCAAGCCAUGAGAAUGACCUGGCAGGGUAGCUCGAAAGGAAAACAAGUUGAGGACAGGCCGAGAAAAGAAUACCACCAGGACAAGAAAUUCAAACCAGACAGACAAACCUACUUCGUCCAACAUUCAGGUUCCAGGAGAACCAGCCAACCAGGAUCCGGGUCUAGAAGUGACCCUGGUCCGAACAGACCAGCCAGAGAGCCAAAACCAAAGCCCGAAUGGACUCCCCUCAACCGAUCCAGGGAAGACAUACUCAAAGAGGUCCAGGACAAACCCUUCUAUUAUGCCCCAAAGCCCAUGCAGACACCCCCCGAAAAGCAGACCCACCAACCGCCAUUGUGA